AUGGUUAAAAAGCGUCCGUUAAGAAGUGCGCAAUCAGCAUUCACAUCGCGGAUUCGCCUCUUCUCUCCCGAAUCUUUGGACUGCGCCCGUUACAUAUCUUGUGUUCUAAGUGAUGCAAAAUGCGAUUUACUAUCGGAGAAAUUUUUUAUGCUCUCCUCAGAAUUUCCGGUUGUGGAACUUGAUACUUCAAAAUUAAAUCAUAAUCAUCAUUCCAGAAAUUUCAAAAAUCAUGCUCCUAUUUUACGUCUUCCUCGUAUAAAUUUUAAAAAUAAAUCACCAGAUUCCUCCCAACAUUACGUUCUUAUCUCCAAUAACUCUUUGGAUUUUCCUCUUUCCUCUAAUUCGGAGAAUAAUGGUACAAAUGGCCCAGUCUCUGUGGAUUUAGUUGAUUUGAGUGCAAAGGAGUUAGCUGAAAGGGAAGCGACGGUUAAUAAAAAGGUUAAGCAACUCAAAGCAAAGGGUCUAUGGAUGAGAGAUCGGUUACCGAAGGUUAUGGAACCCCAACGAUCUCUGUCCCAUUGGGAUUUUUUUCUCGAAGAGGCUUUGUGGCUUGCUGAGGAUUUUAAGCAGGAACGAAUGUGGAAGAAAGCUAUGGCUAUAAGGCUGGCCAAUGAAGCCUCUUUGGCAGUCAUGAUUCGCUCCGAAUUAGCUCGGCGUGAGGCAUUGGAACUAGAACUCCUUCGUCAGCACGGUGCAGCUAAGAUUGCUCAACUCAUCCGUGAGUGGUGGUCGGGAAUCUCCAAAGCCCCUGGUGUGGCCUCCCUCCUCUCG